AUGGACCGGUUACAUUCAUCCAUGCGUAAAAGGCUCUACAGUUUGCCACAACACAUUGGACAGAAAGCCUCGAUCAUUGACGAAGGAGAAGACGGCGACAAGGACACCAGAAGGAAGAGUAUCAGGAUGAAGCAGUUACCUUCGCCGUCCUCCGCAGGAAGCUGCAAAGGCAUCGGGGAGACCAAAAGCGGAGACGUGAUCGUGGAAACGGACAUCGGGAGACCCAUGAAGACCAGCUCGAAUGGGGACUGCAGGAGGUUUGGAGACAGUCUCUCGUCCAUCACUGGUCGACAUGUCCACGACUCAGACUCUGCGGAAGAGAGGCGCCUAAUCACCGAAGGGGAUGUUACCCCCGGCGCCGCGAGCCCACCGGGAGCUCUAGAUUGUGGUUCGGAACUGGGAGCGCAUGGUGGAGGGGCACAACAGGCAUCUCCGGAUGAGCAAUCGGGCUUCAUAAAGUUGGAUGGCAUCGAUCAAAUAAUGUCGGACGACGAGAGAUUGUACCAGGCUGGUUUUAUUCAUAGGCAAUUCGGAGCAUUGCUCCAACCGGGGGUCAACAAAUUCUCCUUACGGAUGUUUGGAAGUGAAAAGGCGGUAGAAAGGGAACAAGAGCGGGUUAAAUCCGCAGGAUUUUGGAUAAUUCAUCCCUACAGUGAUUUCAGAUUCUACUGGGACCUGACCAUGCUACUGCUGAUGGUGGGCAACUUGAUCAUCAUCCCCGUGGGCAUCACUUUCUUUAAGGACGAGCACACGCCGCCCUGGAUCGUCUUCAACGUGGUGUCGGACACCUUCUUCCUCAUCGACCUGGUGCUCAACUUCCGCACGGGCAUCGUGAAGGAGGACAACACCGAGAUCAUCCUGGACCCCCAGCAGAUCAAGAUCAAGUACCUGCGCAGCUGGUUCGUGGUGGACUUUGUCUCCUCCAUUCCCGUCGACUACAUCUUCCUCAUCGUGGAGACGCGCAUCGACUCGGACUUCUACAAGACGGCCCGCGCGCUCCGGAUCGUCCGCUUCACCAAAAUCCUCAGCCUUCUCCGUCUGCUCCGCCUCUCCCGGCUCAUCCGCUACAUCCACCAAUGGGAGGAGAUCUUCCACAUGACCUACGACCUGGCCAGUGCGAUGGUGCGCAUCGUGAACCUCAUCGGCAUGAUGCUGCUGCUGUGUCACUGGGACGGCUGCCUGCAGUUUCUGGUGCCCAUGCUGCAAGACUUUCCUGCCGACUGCUGGGUUUCCAAAAACAAGAUGGUGAAUGACACUUGGGGCCAGCAGUACUCCUACGCCCUGUUCAAAGCCAUGAGCCACAUGCUGUGCAUCGGCUACGGAAUGUAUCCUCCCGUGGGAAUGACCGACGUGUGGCUGACCAUCCUCAGCAUGAUCGUGGGGGCCACCUGCUACGCCAUGUUCGUGGGGCACGCCACCGCGCUCAUACAGUCCCUCGACUCCUCCCGGCGUCAGUACCAGGAGAAGUACAAACAAGUGGAGCAGUACAUGUCCUUCCACAAGCUCCCCGCCGACAUGCGGCAGAGGAUCCAUGACUACUACGAGCACCGCUACCAGGGCAAGAUGUUCGACGAGGAGAGCAUCCUGGGGGAGCUGAACGAGCCCCUGAGGGAGGAAAUCAUCAACUUCAAUUGUCGGAAGCUGGUGGCUUCGAUGCCCCUGUUUGCCAAUGCGGAUCCUAAUUUUGUGACCUCCAUGUUGACAAAGUUACGGUUCGAGGUCUUCCAGCCUGGAGACUACAUCAUUAGAGAGGGCACCAUCGGCAAGAAGAUGUACUUCAUCCAGCACGGGGUGGUGAGCGUGCUGACCAAAGGCAACAAGGAGACCAAGCUGUCCGACGGCUCCUACUUUGGGGAGAUAUGUUUGCUGACGCGGGGCCGGAGAACAGCCAGCGUUCGGGCAGACACCUACUGCCGCCUGUACUCGCUCUCCGUGGACAACUUCAACGAGGUCCUGGAGGAGUUCCCCAUGAUGAGGAGGGCCUUCGAGACGGUGGCUUUGGACCGCUUGGACCGCAUAGGCAAGAAGAACUCCAUCCUGCAGCACAAGGUCCAGCACGACCUCAGCUCGGGCGUCUUCAACUACCAGGAGAACGAGAUCAUCCAGCAGAUCGUACAGCACGACCGCGACAUGGCCCACUGCGCUCACCUCCUCCACACUGCUCCGCCCCCUGCCCCCCCCUCCCCCACGCCCGUCAUCUGGGCGCCCCUCAUCCAGGCCCCCCUCCAAGCCGCCGCUGCCACCACCUCGGUCGCCAUAGCUUUGACCCACCACCCGCACCUCCCCGCCACCCUGUUCCGCCCGCCGGUGUCCAUGCUGGGCUCCCUUAAGGAUCCUCCCGGCCGCCUGAAGAGGCUUCACUCGGUGGUGCCUGCCUCCGCCGGGCCCAGUUCGGCUGGAGACUCUCCCUUCGGCACCCCCUCCAAGCCCCACCCUGGAGCGGACACCCCCCUGCUGGCUUCUUUCCGAGCCCACCACAUGACAUCGGCUUUGGGCCAGCAGGCCUCCUCCAGCAACUCACAGCUGGGUCCCGGCACCAGCUCCACGCCUCCCUUCAGCCUCCGCGACUCCCUGACCUCCAGCGCCGCCCAGCUCCACCGCCAGCUCCAGAAGCGGGAGUCCUUCUCCUGCUCCACCCCGCCUUUCGCCAGUCUCUUCCAGCAAGAGGCAGCUGGAGCCGCCUCUGGUGGAGCCGUGUCGGGUGGAGCCGCUUCGGGUGGAGUCGGCAGUCCCCUGACCUCCGUCUCAUCCGGCCCCGCUCUCGGUCACCUGCAGCCGCCUCCGCCCGCACCUCCGCAGGUAGGGUCCCUGCAGCAGUUUGCGGGCGGGGGCAGGACGUCGAGCGGUCUAAACCUCUUCCACACGCCCUCCUCCGGCUCCCUGUCGUCCGGGAGGAGCCAGGCAGCGGCGGGAUCUCAGGACAGCCUCCAAGGCCUGCAGUCGGGCUUCCUCCCGCAGCCCUUCCAGGAGCAGUCCGCCCUGGCCUCCCUGGCCCAGUACAGCUCGGGCAGCGCGUCGCCCUGUUGCACCCCGCUGGCCCCGAGCCCCACCACCCAAAGCCCGGCGGCGGGGAGAACGUUCCAGUACAGCAGCCCCUCGAGCGCCAGCGGGUCGCUCAGCUCGCUGCUGACGCCGCAGAACUCCUGCCCGGCCCAGCUCCUCAGCAGGCCCAGACCCGGGGGUGAGCCCUCCCUGGGCUGCUUCUCCCGGGACCUGAGACUCCUCUCCACCUCCCACCCCUCCCUGCCCCAGGAGCUGGCCCAGGCCUUGCGACCCUCUGAGGAGUCGGCCUCCCGCUUCUCGCCGUUCUCCUCGCCGACAUUCGCGAGCAAACCCUAUAGCAGCAUCCCGGGGCACGUGACUCUUCCGAGGAAAACGUCCUCCGGAUCUUUACCUCAGACUUGUUCCCCAGGGGUGUCCCCGGCCCUGCCUCCCCGGAGAGACUCUCCCGCCCGUUCGUCCGAACAAGAGUUUGUUCGCUCUAAACUUCCCUCCAAUUUGUGA